AUGAGGUCGAUUUUCUGUGGGAAUUUUGAUUAUGAUGCUCGGCAGUCGGAACUCGAACGUCUUUUCAAAAGAUAUGGGAAGGUUGAUAGGGUUGAUAUGAAGUCGGGAUUUGCUUUUGUUUACAUGGAGGAUGAAAGAGAUGCGGAAGAUGCCAUUCGUGCUCUAGACAGAAUUGAAUUUGGCCGAAAGGGCCGUAGGCUUCGUGUUGAGUGGACGAAGCAAGAAAGGAGCAGCAGGCGACCAGAAAGCAGUAGAAGAUCCUCAUCUAGCCUGAGGCCUUCGAAGACCCUAUUUGUAAUCAACUUUGAUCCCUAUCAUACUAGAACAAGGGAUUUGGAGAGGCAUUUUGAUCCUUAUGGGAAAAUAUCAAAUGUAAGAAUCAGGAGGAAUUUCGCCUUUGUGCAGUUCGAAUCUCAAGAAGAUGCGACAAAAGCUUUAGAUGCUACCAACAUGAGCAAACUUUUGGAUCGUGUCAUCACUGUUGAAUAUGCUGCCAAGGACGAUGACGACAGGCGAAACGGGUACAGUCCUGACCGAGUCCGUGAGAGAUCACCAAGGAGCGGGUAUGAAAGGGCAAGAUCCCCCAGUCCACGUAGGAGAGAUAGGGAAAGUCCUGAUUACGGGCAUGGUCGUGCCCGUAGCCCUAGCCCACACCAUAGAGAGCGAGCGAGCCCGGACUAUGCUCGUAGGCCCAGCAGGAGCCCCAGCAGGAAGGAAAAGGACUCUUACCGUGGUCGUGGCAGAAGCCCGAGCCCCAGGAAGGGGAGAGAUGUUGAUUACCACCACAGACGCAGCCCGAGCCCUCGGAAGGACAGGGACUCUGAUUCCCACCGCCAUCAUAAGCGUAGCCCGAGUCCUCAAAGGGAGAGGUCCAAUGGUGACAACGGCCAUGGGCCCAGCCGGGCCAACGCGAGCCCAGGAUAUGGGCAUGGACCCAGUCCAAGUCCCAAAAGAGAGGAUCAUAGGGAGAAGGCAAUGAGCCCAGAUGACUAUGGUCGUGAGAAAAGUCCUGCCUAUAGUGAUGCAGAAAGCCCUCCUCGUGAGCAUGGGUAUGGGAGUCAAUCGCCUGGGGCGCGAGAGCUUGAAAACUAG